CAUUUUUUAAAUUUUCCUUCGGAUAAAGAAGUCGGAAGAACAUCAUUUUCUAAUCUUUUUUAUCAUUCCUAUCGGUUGCAAACUAAACAACUUUUUGUAUGCUCAUUCCAUGGAAAACUAGUUGGUCGAACGUCUCGAAAAAAUUCCAAUCCUCCGAAGCAAUUUUAAAGGAGUCAUUCCGAUUGAAAAAGCCUUAACUUUGAAUCGCGGUGUUUCAGGAAGGAGCGCGGUCUCGUUCCGAUCAGGCGGAACGCGUGCACGGUUUACUCGCGAAAGAUCGCGCCGAUUAGAGUUCGGGGAAUCAGAGUGCCCGGACAUUUUUGCCGGAUGUUAGGGUAACUUGGCCGCAGGCUCGGCGCAAUCGGCGAAGGACCGGGGAAACGAUGAAAAGGAAAGGAGGCCAUCGCGCCUCCUGCCACAUCAUCGACACCGUCAUCGCUCGCCUGGCCGCCUGCUACGACGAUGAUUCCCCGUAUUCUGUCUCGGCGGCUGCCGGUUUCAGGCGAGAAACCCGCGCCAGCUCGCGACCGACCGCAGCGUUUCAACCGGCGACGCGCCUCUCGUUUUCCCGUCGGCUCGUCAGAGCCGGAUAAUUACUCCGGUUCCCGGGUGUCUUCGUAUUCCAGCGAGAUACGUCGCUCUCUCGUUUCCUACAGGUCUUUUUGGCUUUCGACGGGAGGAGAGGGGGGCCCGACUCGUUUCUGACUCAUAGGACACCUCGAACGAGGUCCACGACCACGUCACAGUAUCCGCGAGUCUCUAGACAAUUUUCUACGAUCCUCGCGCGUUCCCUCUGCCAGGUUUUCCCCGACUCGAGCCGGGCUCCCCGAUCCUUUUCCUUCGAGAUGGCCGGCGAACGGCGAUCGGCCAGUGAAAACGGUACAUUCAAAAAACCCGCGCACGUCCGCCGACGUAACCGACCAUGCGCCGAGAUAACAAGUGUAUAAAUACUCGGCGUGGAAUUUCGAUGACGAAAGUGCCGACGUCGCGGGGAGAUCGUUGCCGAUCGACGAACGCCACCGUGGAGGGACACGUUCCGGCGAUUCGGACGCAGCCCGACAGUGUAAACGGCCGGUAAUUAGACUCAUUGAAAUGCCGGCGAUGAUGCAACGCGGAUCGGCGACGGUCCGCGAGAUUAGCGAGCGAAGGAAUCGAGCGCGAUUUCGACGAUCAGUCGCGCGGAGAAAUUGGUCCGAUCGACGCGCAGCGGCGCAUACCGCAGCGCCUCGUGCACCGAUUACGAUCAAAUGAUUUCGACCGUCGAAUCUGCUCGGGUACCCUUCGAUCUCGAAUCUCGGCCGCGAGUUCUUCCGGUUUCGGCGAUAUUCGUCACAGUGCGCGCAGUUGAAACGUUCGAUCGUCGGAACAAUCGAGUUUUUAACAUGGAACUUUGGUCACAAUGAUUACGAUGCCUCGCGAAGAGAUCUUAUCGCCAACUUGUUUCGUCGCAGCGGUCUUUUAGAGCCGCCGAGCCGAGCGGAGCCGAGCCAAGGGAAAUCGGCCGACGAUGCGCUGAGCUUUAUGGUUCGCAGCGGAGACGCCGGUCGCGCGCGGAGACACCGUGGCAAUGAUCCGCUUCGACGAAUCUCCCGCCGUGAGAUUUUGACCGAGGUGAUAGCAUCGACGAACGAGGAUGAGCCUGCUGCCAACAGCGAACAGGAGCUUCCUCCACGGCGACCGGAGAUCAUUCUCGCCGUCGGAGAAGACGGUCUACGCGACCCUCGACAGUUUGGCGCUGAAGAGAGCCAGGCUGCCUCUGCAGCUGUUGCCGAUCGCCGCCGCAGAGAGGAACGACGCGACCAAUCUAGAUGCUAUCGAAGAAACGUCGUCCGAGUACUUGGAUCGCGAGGCAGAAGAGCAGGAUGCGACGGGCUCAGGAUCAAGGACAACGGAGCCGGAACCGUCGACGGAAAAGCAAUCGAGGACGGCCGAUGCGAGGCCAGACUUUAUCGUCGGACGAGCCGCCGAGCAGAAGAUUGCCUGGAAUCGACCCCUCGAUAACGAUAACAACGAUAAUAACUCUGGGACAAAUGUUGUGGAAACCGAGCACGCAGGACAGUCUUCGGGGCAGGAGAGCAGAAGCAGGUCGAGCUCCAGCGACUACGAGAAGAUCGAGCUGCCGUCUCGCGUCGAGGAAACGUCCCGGGACACGGAGGACAAAGUUUCGGAGAAGGUCGAGGAGAGCUCCGAGGUCAGCCUGGAUGAGGACGUGGUCGUGAAAUCGAUGUUCCCGGACGUGGUCGUGCGAGAGCUGAAAAGCAGAAUCGAAGAGGAGAGGAACGCCGGCGAGAAGAAGAAGAAGAAGCGGUUCACGAGGAACGUGCUGCACCUGGUGCCGGAUUACCUGGCGUCCAAGGGGUCCAAGAGGGCCAAGAGGAAGAAGAUCGCCAGCCUCAGCUCGUCGCUGAGCUCACUGAAGCAGACCAGCCUGGACCCGGGCACCGGCGCCCCCGUCACCGUCGACACCAGGCUCAGGUCGAAGAGCCUGUCCAGGGUGGAGCUCAGGUACCUGAAGAUCUCGUCGCCGACGAACUUCGUUCACGUGGCUUCGGCGACCAGUCCCAGCUUGGUCCGCAACGCGAACGCCGGGAACGAGUUCGGCUCGGAUCUCGCGACAGUGAUCACGCACGAGGAAAAGUGUGCCACGGUGCCGCUGCUCGUGCCCUCCCCGAGGCCACCUAGGACCGAGGAGCACCGCGAAAAUCGGACCCACAGGAUGAACUCGACUCCCAGCCCGGCCAAACGAGCAGCAGGUGCUGACGCGGACGAAGGCGUGGACUUGAGGCACGAGUUUUUGCUGGAGCUGCGAGCACGAUCGGCGGAGAUAUUGGAGCGCGGCCAACUGGUGAAAACCGGCGGGAAUCGGCCCGAAGGGAAAACGUACGAAACAGCACGCGUCAACCACAGUUUUCUCUGGAGCCUUUUAAAGAACAAGAGGGACCAAGAGACCAAGCUCGGCCGCGAGGACGAGGCCGAGGAUCAACCGUACGACGAUGUGGGUCCGCUCGAUUCGAUCGAUCAGGGGCAAGACGAAGAGGCGAAAUACGACGACGUGUUCUCGCCGAAGAGGAACGCCGAGGACCGGCCGAUCUCGACGGACCUCGCCGAGGACAUCUACGACGACGUGGUCUGCCCGGUGAAGCUGUCGUCGACGCUAUGGAGGGACUCGGAGAAGUUCGAGAACGAGGAGUCGGCCCGCGAAGACGACGGCUAUUACCUGUCGAUACCGAAUGCGUAUUCCAGCGUGGAGGCUGACAUGGACGAGAUGUGCGACUGCGAGCAGGGUGUAUACGAUGACGUCGGCCUGCCAACAGAGGAGCAGGUCAACAGCUUGUACGCCGGCUCCUCGACGGGCUCGAUCCUCGGCAAGGAAUCCGAGUGGGAGGACCUGGAAGAGCCGACGACCUCGCCUCUCCGUUCCGCGGCUAAAGACAAUGCCCGGCUGAGAAGCUCCGAGUCCGUGCAGAUCCUCUCGAACAAGAAGAAGUCCGGGCACAAGUGGUCGAGGAGGAUCAGGCGAUCCAAGGUGUUCAGGAAGACCGAGAAGACGUUGCCGGUCGACGACACCAUGACCUACGAUAACGCGUCCGACGACAGCACCUACGAGAGCCUGCGCUCGUUCCAGCCGGACGACUUCAGCUCGGACUCGGAACAGGAACCGGAAACCGUCGAGGCGAGACCACCGGAAAGGAGCGCGGACCUCAGGAUCCCGGAAGAAGCGCUGAGACCGCCGACCAGGCCUAAUCCUCCGCCGCCACGCGAGGCCAGCCUGACGCAGACGUUAGGCAGGAGGAUCAAGAUGCUCCGGAGGACCUGGAGCAUCACCAAGGGUAGCCUCGGACGGAUGCGGAGGAGGACCUCGGCCGGCGACGAGAACAUAUCCGCGGCGGCCCCGCCGAACCCGGCCGAUGAAGGCGGCAGAGAGUCCUGCAACGAGCAUCAGUCUGGUUUCGACGCCGCGAGAUAUUUCGGGCUGGCCAGGCACUUCAAGAGAAACGUCGCCGGAUUGUCGACGUUCUACUUGAACGGCGCAACCUCGAACGGCAACAAUAGCCCGACCACCGAGUCCGGGGAGGACCGGUUUCUUCGCGAGGAGCCGGUCUACGGUAACACCGUAGGACAGUCGGAUCCGUACAGCAUUCUCGCCGAUCAGGAGCCCCUCUAUCAGUUCUACGCGGCCGCGGCCGCCAGGGCUGCGUUCGAUUCGAACUCCGAUUACUACGACGAGGUCGUGGGCCCGGCCCCGCAGUCGGCCACGGACCUGGUCAGGCCGGGGCACAGGACGCUGUGGCACCAGACGCCGCAGGUUGUCGGCACCGAUCUCCUACAACGUUUGACCGCCGAGGAGAAGAAGAUCCAGGAGGCGAAGUUCGAGAUCCUGACCUCGGAGGCCUCGUACCUGAACUCGCUUCGCGUUCUAGAGAACGAGUUCAUGAACGAGGCCUCGAUCAGGGACACGCUGACGUCCGACGAAAAGGAGAAGCUGUUCGGCAGUAUUCCAGGCGUGCUGCAGGCGUCGGAGCGGUUCCUCGCGGAGCUGGAGGCCGUGUGGAGGCAGGACCCGAUGUUGCACGAGCUGCCGGACGUGUUGCUCAAGUACGCCGACAGGUGUUCGGACAGAUACGUGGCUUACUGCUCGAACCAAGUCAGCAUCGACAAUACCUUGAAGCAGUUGAGGACGCGGAAAGGUCAGAGGUUUUUCGAGAUCGUGGCGCAGAUCGAAGCGCGCCCUGCCUGCCACAGUUUGUCACUGCAUUCCUUUCUGAUGCUGCCGAUGCAGCGUAUCACCAGGCUUCCGUUGCUGACGGACGCUGUCCUCUCGAAGCUGUCGAUCGAGCACCCCGACAGACCCCGCUGGGAAACGGUGCUGUCGACUCUGAGCUACGUCGUCGCCGAGUGCAACGAAGGUGCACGCGCCGCGGCGAAAGAGGUGGAGAUGGAGAACUUGGCCAGGAGAUUAGAGUACUCGACGAAAGUGAAACCCAUUCCCCUGAAGGGGAAGCACCUGGUGAAGAGCGGCGCGGUGGUGCAGUUGUUGACGAAGGCUGACGCCGAGUACAAACUUACGUUCGGAAAGAGGUUCAACAAGACGCCGCUCUACCUCCUGUUGCUCACUGAUUACCUUCUAGUCGCAAAAUACAAAACCAGUCCUACUCAAGAGGAGACGUACACCGUGAUAGACAUCUGCAAGAGAAGCUUGAUCGCCUUGGAGUCAGCUCCCGACGACUCUCCGUUCGCCGGACGCAACGCGAUGCUGCUCACUCUUCUGGAGAACCAUUCCGGUCGCCAGGCCGAGUACAUUAUGACCUGCGAGAGCGACACGGAGAGGCAGAGGUGGCUGGAGGCUGUGUCGCCCUCGAGGCCGGGUCUGGUCGGCGAGACCCUGUACGAAGUCUGGGACUGUCCCCAGAUUGUCGCCUUGUACAGCUAUUCUUCGAACCAACCGGACGAGUUGUCGUUGCAUCCAGGAGAUGUGAUAAACGUGCUCAGAAAAAUGUCGGACGGCUGGUUCCACGGUGAGAAAUUGUUGGAUGGCGAACAGGGCUGGUUUCCUGGGAAUUACACAAAGGAAGUCGCCUCGGAGCAUGUUCGAGCGAGGAAUCUCAAGCAACGGCACCGUCUCCUCGCCUUAAACGGCAGCGCGUUGCAACGGAAAGCGAAACAACAGUCUACCUUCUACUGACCGAAUAAAAUGUAAUUAAAUUAUGAACGAUACUAGCGAGUACUUGUAUAAUAAACUCAACUAUACGUAAAUGUA